AGGCAGUGAUAGCAGGUCUGUGACACCAGGGUGACCCCACCACGUGCGUCUUGGUAUCCUAGAGCAUCUAGGCUGCCCGGGGGUGCUCGCUCAUCACCCUGCGGGAGUUAAUCGUUAACCGCGCCCAGGCCUCGCCGCCGCCGCAGCCUUACCCCGGCUCUGGCUCGCUGCGCCGCGAAAGUUCCCCCGGCCCCCGCAGAGCCGCCAAUUGCUGGACUGCAGCCGCGGGGUGGAGUCUCCACCCACAGGAAAAAUUCCUGGCCCGCCCCUCCCUCGCUCCCUCGCUCCCUCGCUCCCUCGCUCCCUCGCUCCCUCGCUCCCUCCUGCCCUCCUGCUGCAGCUCCGGCUCCGCUCGACUUCCUGCCGGGCGCUGGCAAGCCGCGCGCUGCCUGGGGGUCCCCGGGGGCCGUGCUUGCAGCUGGCCGCGUCUGGGCCGGCGGAGGGGCUGGCGGUUGGCGGGAGCGGCCGGCGGCCUCGGCCCCUUCCGAAAGCGACUUUCAAACUCGCGCCCGCGUCGCGGCAGCACCUGGGCAGCCCCGCACGCCGUGCGCGUCCCGAGCCCGCGGGGUGGCGACCGUUCGAAUCUCCCUGGGGUGCCCUCCCCAGGCAGCAAUGCCAGGAUGCCUGUGUCCACCUCCCUCCACCAGGAUGGCAGCCAGGAGCGGCCGGUGAGCCUGACCUCUACCACCUCCUCGUCGGGCUCCUCCCGUGACAGUCGCAGUGCCAUGGAGGAACCCAGCGGCUCUGAGCCUCCCGCCGAGAAUGGGGCAGGCUCCCCGAGAGGCCGGCAUCUCCCCAGCAGCAACAACAACUCCAGCAGCUGGUUGAACGUGAAGGGGCCCCUCUCCCCGUUCAACAGCCGGGCAGUGGCAGGGCCUGCGCACCACAAGCUCAGCUACCUGGGCCGAGUGGUGCGGGAGAUCGUGGAGACAGAGCGCUUGUAUGUGCAGGACCUGCGCAGCAUCGUGGAGGACUACCUCUUGAAGAUCAUUGACACACCUGGGCUGCUGAAGCCAGAACAGGUCAGCGCCCUCUUUGGGAACAUAGAAAACAUCUACGCACUGAACAGCCAGCUCCUCAGAGACCUGGACAGCUGCAAUAGUGACCCCGUGGCUGUGGCCAGCUGCUUUGUGGAAAGGAGCCAAGAGUUUGAUAUCUACACCCAGUAUUGCAACAAUUACCCCAACUCUGUGGCCGCCCUGACGGAAUGCAUGCGGGACAAGCAGCAGGCCAAAUUCUUUCGGGACCGGCAGGAGCUGCUACAGCACUCACUGCCCUUGGGCUCCUACCUGCUGAAGCCAGUCCAGCGCAUCCUCAAGUACCACCUGCUGCUCCAGGAAAUUGCCAAGCAUUUUGAUGAAGAAGAGGAUGGCUUUGAGGUGGUGGAGGAUGCCAUUGACACCAUGACCUGUGUGGCCUGGUACAUCAAUGACAUGAAGAGGAGACAUGAGCACGCAGUCCGGCUCCAGGAGAUUCAGUCACUCCUCAUCAACUGGAAGGGGCCCGACCUGACCACCUACGGGGAGCUUGUCCUGGAGGGCACGUUCCGCGUGCAUCGCGUGCGCAAUGAAAGGACCUUUUUCCUCUUUGACAAAACACUGCUUAUCACCAAGAAGCGGGGCGAUCACUUUGUCUACAAGGGCAACAUCCCGUGCUCCUCCCUGAUGCUGAUUGAAAGCACCAGAGACUCCCUGUGCUUCACCGUCACCCACUACAAGCACAGCAAGCAGCAGUACAGCAUCCAGGCCAAGACAGUGGAGGAGAAACGGAACUGGACUCACCACAUCAAGAGGCUCAUCCUAGAGAACCACCAUGCCACCAUUCCCCAGAAGGCCAAGGAAGCCAUCUUGGAAAUGGAUUCCUAUUAUCCCAAUCGAUACCGCUACAGCCCAGAGCGGCUGAAGAAGGCCUGGUCCUCCCAGGAUGAGGUGUCCUCCCAUGUGCGCCAGGGGCGCCGGCAAUCUGAGCCAACCAAACACCUGCUCAGGCAACUCAACGAGAAAGCCCGAGCAGCAGGAAUGAAGCAUGCAGGCAGUGCUGGAACCCUCUUGGACUUUGGGCAGCCCUCCCGUAUUCGGGGCCUGCAGCCAGAGGCUGAAGGGGCUACCCAGGAGGAGGAAGAGGAGGAGGUGGUGGAGGAGGAGGAGGAGGAGGAGGAAGAGCAGGCCUUUCAGGUCUCUCUGGAGGACCUGACAGGGCAUGAAGGCAACGAGGAGGGGGCUGGGCCGGAGCCCCCAGGCUCAGAGGAGGAGGAGGAGGAGCAGGAGGAGAGCCUGGCGGUGGCGGAGCAGGUAGCCGACUUUGCCAGCUCCCUGCUGGCCGCCCUCCACUGCUGGCACUAUCGGGCCAACGCUUUACUUUUCUCCCGGGGCGCUAUGGGAAAGGGGCGCAGGGAGUCUGAAAGCUCCAGGAGCAGCAGAAGGCCCAGUGGCCGGUCUCCAACCGGUACUGAGAAGCGCCUGAGCUUCGAGUCCAUUUCUUCCCUGCCAGAGGUGGAGCCGGACCCUGAGGCUGGGAGCGAGCAAGAGGUAUUUGCUGCUGUGGAAGGGCCCAAUGCCGAGGAGAUGCCUUCAGACACAGAAUCUCCAGAAGUCCUGGAGACACAGCUUGAUGCCCACCAGGGCCUUCUGGGGAUGGACCCCCCGGGUGACAUGGUGGACUACGUGGCGGCUGAGAGCACUGAGGACCUUAAGGCCCUGAGCAGUGAGGAGGAAGAAGAAAUGGGGAGUGCCACCCAGGAGCCUGAGAGCCUUCUGCCAUCCUCCGUGCUGGACCAGGCCAGUGUCAUUGCGGAGCGAUUUGUCAGCAGCUUCUCUCGGCGGAGCAGUGUGGCACAGGAGGACAGCAAGUCCAGUGGCUUUGGGAGCCCGCGGCUGGUCAGCCGGAGCAGCAGCGUGCUCAGCCUGGAGGGCAGCGAGAAGGGCCUGGCCCGGCAUGGCAGUGCCACAGACUCCUUCAGCUGUCAGCUCUCCCCAGAAGUGGACAUCAGUGUGGGGGUGGCCACAGAGAACAGCCCUUCUGUCAAUGGGAUGGAGCCCCCAAGCCCAGGCUGCCCAGUAGAGCCCGACUGGUCUUCCUGCAAGAAGGAAUCAGCGCUCUCCACCCGAGACCGGCUGUUGCUAGACAAGAUUAAGAACUAUUAUGAAAACGCAGAACACCACGAUGCAGGCUUCAGCGUCCGUCGCCGGGAGAGCCUCUCCUACAUCCCCAAAGGACUGGUAAGAAACUCCGUCUCCAGGUUCAACAGCCUUCCCCGGCCAGACCCAGAGCCAGUACCUCCAGUGGGGCGCAAGAGACAGGUGGGCUCCCGGCCGACUUCGUGGGCCCUGUUUGAGCUCCCAGGACCAAGCCAUGCGGGCAAAGGGGACCCACCUCCCAUCUCAGAUGCUGAGUUCCGCCCGUCUUCAGAAAUUGUGAAGAUCUGGGAGGGAAUGGAGUCUUCCGGGGGGAGCCCUGGGAAGGGGCCAGGCCAGGGCCAGGCCAAUGGCUUUGACCUGCAUGAGCCACUCUUCAUCCUGGAGGAGCAUGAGCUGGGAGCCAUCACAGAGGAGUCGGCCACUGCCUCCCCGGAAAGCUCCUCUCCCACUGAGGGGCGCAGCCCGGCCCACCUGGCCCGGGAGCUGAAAGAGCUGGUGAAGGAGCUGAGCAGCAGUACCCAGGGGGAGCUGGUGGCCCCACUGCACCCCCGCAUCGUGCAGCUCUCCCACGUAAUGGACAGCCACGUGAGCGAGCGCGUCAAGAACAAGGUCUACCAGCUGGCCCGCCAGUACAGCCUCCGGAUCAAGAGCAACAAGCCAGUGAUGGCCAGGCCACCAUUACAGUGGGAAAAGGCGGCCCCUGAGAGGGAUGGGAAGAGCCCCACUGUGCCCUGUCUACAGGAAGAGGCUGGAGAGCCAUUAGGUGGCAAAGGUAAGAGGAAGCCGGUGCUGUCUCUAUUCGACUAUGAGCAGCUGAUGGCCCAGGAGCACAGCCCUCCCAAGCCCUCCUCGGCUGGGGAGAUGUCACCACAGCGUUUCUCCUUCAACCCGUCUGCUGUCAGCCAGAGGAUCACCUCGCCUGGGGGCCGGCCCUCCGCCCGGAGCCCCCUCAGCCCCACAGAGACCUUCAGCUGGCCCGACGUCCGCGAGCUCUGCUCCAAGUAUGCCUCCCGCGAUGAGGCACGCCGAGCAGGGGGUGGCCGGCCCCGUGGCCCACCCGUCAACAGGAGCCACUCGGUGCCAGAGAACAUGGUAGAGCCACCUCUGUCGGGCAGGGUGGGCCGCUGCCGCAGCCUGAGCACCAAGAGGGGCCGGGGAGGCGGAGAGGCUGCCCGAUCCCCUGGGCCUCUGCCCCAGAGCAAGCCGGACGGAGGUGAGACCCUGUAUGUCACUGCAGACCUCACCCUGGAGGACAACCGGCGGGUGAUUGUCAUGGAGAAGGGACCCCCUCCCAGCCCCACUGCAGGGCUGGAGGAGAGCAAUGGCCAGGGACCAAGCUCGCCGGUGGCCCUGCUGGGGCAGGUCCAGGACUUCCAGCAGUCUGCAGAGUGCCAGCCAAAGGAAGAGGGUCCCAGGGACUCAGCAGACCUGAGCCAGCAGGGCAGAGUGAGAAACCUUAGAGAGAAGUUCCAGGCCUUGAACUCUGUCGGUUGAUGCUGACUCCUGGGGGAGGGAGGAGUCAUGUUGGAGGUUGGGGAAGAACCUGGGCAUCCUUCCCCUCAAGCCUGGGCUCAUGGAGCCCCUGCCCAGGGCCCUCGGGUGGGCAGAAAGUCCAUCCCCUCUGCCCUUCAGGAAGGAUGCUCCCAUGUGCAGGGGUCUCCUGCCUGUGCCAUCCACUGGGGCUUGAGACAACUUCCCACUCACCUGUGAGACCGGUGUGGCUGCUUCCCUUGUAAAUAGUUGUUCUCUGGUAAGAAGCCAAAUAUUUAAGCUCACUUCUUCCCAGAGAGAGCAAGCUCUGCUCAGGCCUCCAGCGCUGGCUGGCCACGGCCACAGCCAGACAGAGGAGCCCACCCCCAGGAGACUCAGGCGGUGGCCUGGAGAGGCUUUGUUCUGUAACGGUGCCUUUUCUUAGGGUCCAGGCGGGAAUGAAGCCAAUAAUUUAUUGCUUUCCAUUCUGUGGUAUGAUGUGCGCGUGCGUGAGUGUGUGGCCCCUGUUUAUUCCCCUCCUGUCAAGAAUGAAGUGGAUUCAGUUCAGGUACUUUUGAGGGUUGUUGUGCUGACCCUGUGGUUGUCGCUGAUGUACACACAUUUCAUUAUUUGCCAAUGGUGCAAUAACCACUGCUGACCAACCCACUAUGUGUGAACUCCUUCCUGGGCUUGGCUGGUGUAGAGAAGGUUAUUCAUGGGCCAGGGAUGUCUUAGGGAGAUGGAGACAUGGAGAUCGUUCCUUCCACACUCAGUCAUCACCUGGGCUCAUGAAAUGUAAGGCACCCGGGUACUGGUGGGGGAGGUGGGGCAGGAGGAUGUGAGGGUGGGAGCUUUCUCUCUGCUGCCUAGACUCCCAUGGGCUUCUCUGUCUAGCAGCAGCCUGCUGUCCUGUCUAGGGUAGGGGGUCCCGCAUGCCAGCCCUUUGCUCUUUUCCCCAAGGACCAGAGUUGGACUGAAAGAAGGGAGGUGGUGAGGUGGAUAGACCGUUUUUCUCAUAAGCAGACGUUCCCAGUAUCUGGUUCCUUUUGCGUUUCUCUCUGGUCCCCAGGAAACAUCCUAGAAGGCAAGGGUUCUUUUUUUUUUUUUUUUUUUUUUUUGAGACAGAGUCUCAUUCUGUCACCCAGGCUGGAGUGCAAUGGCGUGAUCUUGGCUUACUGCAACCUCCGCCUCCCAGAUUCAAGCAAUUCUCGUGUCUCAGCCUCCCGAGUCGCUGGGACUAUAGGCACAAGCCACUAUACCCAGCUAAUUUUUGUAUUUUUAGUACAGACGGAGUUUCGCCAUGUUGACCAGGCUGGUCUCGAACUUCUGACCUCAGGUGAUCCACCCACCUUGGCCUCCCAAAGUGCUGGGAUUACAGGGGUGAGCCACUGCAUGCGGCUGAAGGCAAGGAUUCUAAACUCGGAGACUAGAAAUGUCCUAAAGGUGUCUGCAACAUUGGAUGAGGAGUACAAGUGCAUUUUUCUGGGAUGAUUCCUCCCUUUUUAUCACAUUCUCAGAAGUGUCUUUGAUUCAGAAGAGUUAGGAAUGCCUCCCUAUUUCAGUGGGGUUUUCUGCCCUUUCUCCACGGAGGUCCAGACUCAUUUUGCUCAAUUUUUUUUCUAGCUGGGGCCUGGGAGGUGGAGGCUGCAGGGCUUGGGUGGUAGAGCUGCCUGACAAGUGUUCAGCAGGGCUGUUGGGUCAGGGCCCUGUGGGCCUUCUGACCCAACCUGAAGAUGGGUCUGCCGAGUCUAACAAGGUCAAGGGAAGAUCAGAGGGACCCAGAUUCUUUUUUUCCCCCCCUUGAAACGGAGUCUUGCUCUGUUGCCCAGGCUGGAGCGCAGUGGUGCAAUCUCGGCUCACUGCAACCUCUGCCUCCCUGACUCUCACACUGUCCAGUGCCCUUGUGGUUACUCAGCAUCAUAUCUUGAGACUGGCCUGGCAGGAGCCAGUGACUGUGGAAUGACCACAGAAGAUUCAGGGCAGCUGCCAGACCAGGGGCUAUCUCUGCCCUGUGCUGCUUCUGCUCAAGAGAGGUUGUCACGAGCCUCUGAUCUUCCCUUGAAGAACCCGACUUGGGCUCUUCAGAGGGUGGGGCCCAGGAAGUUGUAGUUAACCCCUUCCCCAGGCAGUCCUUACACAGCCAUCUAGGUAUGCCUGGGAACCUUGCACCAGGUUGGUGGUUCUCACUGGCUGCCCGUUGGAAUCAUCUGGGGAGCCUUUUGGAGACGCAGUGCUUACAUUCCAUCUCCCUAGAGCAACAGAAACUGCCCUCUGGAGGUGAAUCCCAGGCUUAGAGAUUCUGAUGAUUCUGUGGUCCAGCGAGUGCUGAGAUCUGUCCUGAGCUCUGUGGGGAGGGGCCUGGACUGAUCAUUGCUUGGAAAUGAUUUUUGCCCUAGAGUAGGCCUUCAAGUUGAUCAAAUGCAUGAAUGAGCAAGCUUUUCUUGGAGUUUGUGGUGAAGCCCAGGACCCAGGUGCUUGCAGUCGUCCGGUAAGACUCCCAGGGACAAGCUAGAGAAUCUAGCUGUCCCUCUGUCUCCAUGGUGCCAGCCCUCUUAGGCUCAGUUCAAAGGGCGAGGAGGCUAGUUAAAUAAGAAACUGAGAAAAAUAAAUAUGGAGCAUUAUAGAUUUAUUAGAAAAACUAGUAAAUGGGUUUCCUCUGGUUGGUGGAAGCACGGUUGAGCAGGUGGAGGACAGGACCCAGCUGGCCCCAGGGCCAGCCCCAGAUUGCAUGGUCUGUGCCCAACAGGGUUGCAUUCCUCUGCAGCUGCCGCCUCAUUUCCUCCCUGAGCUUGUUUGUCCAAGCCACCAAGCCAUGUGGUCCCACUGGCUUCAUCCUCCUCUGGAUUCCUGCCCCCCUCCCAUGAAGGGAGGAAGAGGAUUCAGGGUCAGCCUAGGGGACCCUGGUUCCCUCUGAUAGGCAGGAAGGAAGAGGGAUGUGGAGGAGAGGCUGAGCCUUCCACGGGCCUCCUGUUAGGGGUGUUAGUGGAGGCCAGGUUGGGGAGGGAAGCCCAAGGACCCUCCACACCUCCCACAGCCAGAGUCAGUUGAGGCUGGGACAAAGGGGAAGGAGAGAGGGAAGGAGGACCGCCUGACCUCGCCCAGAAGGAGCUUCCUCUAAACUGCCCUGGGGAGGAAGCCUGGUAUGCUGGUGUGGACUGGAGCUGUGUCAACCUAGUUUGGGAAUACUGUCAAAACACUGUAGAAUAAGGAGAG